CUGGUCUAUUCCUGCAAACAUUUUCCCAUGUCUUGGAGAAGAAGAUCAAAGACAGUAAACUGAGAUCUUUCCUUCUUUCUAUCUGUCUUCUCUUGGCUCUUUCUGCUCUCUCUCUCUAUCUACUUUUAUCCUCUUUUUGCUUCCUUUGGCGCUUUUCAGCUAAUUACUCUUCUGCUCGUCUGCAAAAAUUCAUUUUUAACGUCUAUUUUUUAGUUAUACACUUUCCAUACCGUAUUUCAAAAUAGUAUUAUAUAUUAAUUUAUUUUUUUUCUGGUGAAAGUUAGGUAUCUUGCUAUUAUAUAGUAACGUUUACCUACUUUGUGGAGAAGUACCUCACUAUUGAAGUCGCUUCUUAUUUCUUCUUGGAUUGAUGAAGUGCUUUUCAUGCAGGCCAAAUGAGCAAUGACCAGUAAUAAAUAGAAAGUAAUCAUUUUGUUCUUUUAGAGAGAGAAAAGAUAACUUCUUUAUCAGUUGCAGACUGAUAUAGAUCAAGAAGGAAGAAAUGGGAAGGUUUGCGUGUCUUGUGGAAGUCAGACAUCGAUUGGCUAGAACUCUUUCUGAUGCGAGCCAUAGAACUUCCCCCAAAUUCAGCAGCUUCAAAGAAACUGCAAAGCUGGUCAAUCUAAAUCAAGAAAGGAAUGCAGGAAGCAAGCUUCGAUGGUUGAAGUAUUUCAUUGUGCUGGCUGUGUUCGGGACCUUACUUAAAGUUCUUCACUCUCCAAUACAGAAUCAUUAUACAAAAUCUUCCAGCCCUCUUAUUCGGUCAAGUUUUUCAAGUGUUGGAUGGAUGUGGAAUGAGGCAAUUCCAGAUCCAAGAUAUGUAUCAAACUUGGAUAUUAAAUGGUCCCAAAUACAGCAAAUCAUAACAAAAAUUGAUGGAAAAGAAAAUCUGAAGAUAGGAUUGCUAAACUUUAACGGCCCUGAGAUCAACCAUUGGCAAAAGCUAUUGCCAAGUGCUAAAAUUUCCAAUGUUCAACUUGAAAAUGCUGAAAGAAGUCUUACUUGGGAUGACCUCUAUCCUGAAUGGAUUGAUGAGGAAGAAGAAUCACAAGUUCCUUCAUGCAAAAAUCUUCCCAAUCCUGCAGUCCCAAAAGAAAUAAAAUUUGGCCUAGUUGCUGUCAAGCUUCCCUGUAAUAAAACUGGAAACUGGACAAGGGAUAUAGCGCGAUUGCAUUUGCAGAUUUCGACGGCAAAACUUGCUUCAGAUUCAAAGGAAAGGGAUGAACCAGUCCAUAUUCUUAUUGUCACAGACUGCCUUCCAAUACCAAACCUCUUUUCAUGCAGGCAUCUUGUUACAAGAAAGGGGCAAGCUUGGUUAUACAAGCCUGACUUGAAGGUUUUAACAGAGAAACUCAAGCUUCCGAUUGGGUCAUGUGAACUAUCACUUCCAUUUAAACAGACAGUGAGGCCAUCAUCAAACAAUGGCAGGAGAGAAGCAUAUGCUACCAUUCUCCACUCAGUAGAUGUAUAUGUGUGUGGUGCUAUUGCCGCAGCUCAAAGCAUACGUUUUAGUGGUUCAACCAGAGAUCUUGUAAUUCUCGUCGAUGAAACAAUCAGUAACCAUUACAAAAAUGGUCUUGAAGAAGCAGGUUGGAAGAUAAAAAAAAUCAAAAGGAUAAGAAACCCAAAAGCUGAGAAAGAUGCUUACAAUGAAUGGAAUUACAGCAAAUUCCGGUUAUGGCAGCUCACUGAAUAUGACAAAAUCAUCUUCAUCGAUGCCGACCUUCUUAUUCUAAGAAACAUUGAUUUCCUCUUCACAAUGCCCGAGAUCAGCGCGUCAGGAAACAAUGGAACUUUGUUUAACUCAGGCGUUAUGGUUAUUGAGCCUUCACUCUGCACUUUCAAGUUGUUAAUGGAGAACAUUAAUGAAAUAAAAUCAUAUAAUGGUGGUGAUCAGGGAUAUUUGAAUGAGAUUUUUACAUGGUGGCAUAGAAUUCCUAGGAACAUGAAUUUCCUGAAGCAUUUUUGGAUUGGUGAUGCUGAGAAGAAGAAAGCUAUGAAGACUCAGUUGUUUGGCGCUGAGCCUCCUGUUCUAUAUUCGCUUCAUUACUUAGGAUUGAAGCCAUGGAGGUGCUUUCGAGACUAUGACUGUAACUGGAAUGUCGAUUUUAUGCAAGAGUUCGCAAGUGAUGUUGCUCAUAAAAGGUGGUGGAAGGUUCAUGAUUUGAUGCCAAGAAAGUUGCACAAAUUCUGUCUUCUAAGUACUCAUAUGAAAGCAGGUUUGGAAUGGGAUAGAAGACGAGCAGAGAAGGCCAAUUACUCUGAUGGACAUUGGAGGAGGAAUGUUACUGAUCCAAGAUUAAGGAUUUGUAAAGGUAAUUACUGUGACUGGAAGUCUAUGUUGCUGCACUGGAAAGAUCCUUGGUAUGUAAAUGGAAGCUCUGUAAUAAAAAAAACUUGACAAAAAACGACGGGUCUCUGAUCUGUGUAUCUUUCCUCACAUUGUUUCCAAUAAUGUUGGCGGUCUGUAUAAUC